AUGGGAUCCAACGUUUUUUGUCUGUCUUUGUUCCAUCGCGAUUAUAACACUAUCAUCUCCAUGCACAACAUAAAUUUGUCUGUUCAGAUAACUGUACCCCUUGCAGGCAACAGAAAUCACUGCCAAGCUAGCAGAAGCUCCUGCAAUUCGACUACAAGAAAGGUAACAAACGAUUCUCUUGACAGAUGUGACAUGGACGUCUUUUGGUUCAUGAGUGAUACCGGUAGAGGAAACCUGAGCAAUAGCAUUGGCAAUAUCAGGACGAGAGUGGGUAGCCAGGUAGCGGAGGGUACCAAGGACUGA